AGCAAAUGGAGAUGAACUAAAUUAGUUUAAAAUGAAUCAUUAAAUGAGUAAUUUAUGUAUUUUCUUUCUCUAUUCACUAGGCAAUGGUCCUGGCAGUUAUUGCUGAGCACUCUCUACCUCUGACAAUAGCACCUGUGUUGGUGGAGUUAAGCCAGUGUCUAGCUGCAGACAAGGCAGCCCUUAGCCAAAUUAAACUCUCCCGCACUGCAGCUUCUUAUAAAAUGGUGUAUGGUAUGGGCCAUACAUUUGCGGAGAGAACUUUCUCCAACUUACGACAAUACACCUUCUCUCUGAAUGUGGAUGAGAGUACCUCCAGCAGUAAUAAGAAGGUCCUUUCUAUGUUGGUCAGCUACUUCAACAAAGAGCUCAAUGAUGUUGUGGUUGAACACCUGGGCUCCCUUGAAGUUGCGAAAGUCAGUUCAGCUAGUUUGGAGAGGGUGAUGUGUGACUUUUUUCAGAAAAAGAACAUUCCUUGGUCGAACCUAAUUAGCAUAAUGCUAGACUCAUGCAACGUGAUGCGCGGGAGCAAAUCAGGGCUGGAGACAAGGAUACGAAAGAGGCAUUGUUCCACUCUGCUCGAUGUGGAUGGUGACUCUUGCCAUCACAUCCACAACUCUGCAAAGAGAUUUGCUGAACCUUUUGAAAACUACUUGGAGCAGCUCUUUGCUGACAUCCACACAGACCAUCAAUGGGCACCAGAUCAGUUGGGGUACCUGAAAGAAAUAGCAGAGUUCCUGGACAUACCUGCCACAAAUCCCCAGCGAUUUGUCUUCCAUCGCUGGUUGUCAGCUUAUGACGACCUGUACAGAGACCACCCAGAUAGCAAACUUGAAACUAUGCUGAAUCAACAUUCCGUUGUCAACAUUAAGUCAUUGAAUCAACAUCUAACUCUGAUGUUGAUUCAACAUCAUUUUGCACCCUGA